AUGCCUGCUAAUAACAUAUGUGAUGGGCCAGAUGGAGAAAAUAGAGAUUUUCGAUACUUUAUCUAUGCAGUGACAUACACUGUCAUUCUUGUGCCAGGUCUCAUAGGAAACAUAUUAGCCUUGUGGAUAUUUUAUGGCUAUAUGAAAGAAACCAAACGAGCAGUGAUAUUCAUGAUAAACUUAGCCAUUGCUGACUUACUACAAGUUCUCUCCCUGCCACUGAGAAUCUUUUAUUACUUGAAUCAUGACUGGCCAUUUGGGCCUGGUCUCUGCAUGUUCUGUUUCUACCUGAAGUAUGUCAACAUGUAUGCAAGCAUCUAUUUUUUGGUAUGCAUCAGUGUGCGACGAUUUUGGUUUCUCAUGUACCCUUUUCGCUUCCAUGACUGCAAACAAAAAUAUGACCUAUACAUAAGCAUUGCUGGAUGGCUGAUCAUCUGCCUUGCCUGUCUGCUCUUUCCUCUCCUGAGAACCAGUGAUGACACCCCAGGAAACAAAACCAAAUGCUUUGUAGAUCUUCCUACCAGGAAUGUCAGUCUGGCCCAGUCUGUUGCCAUGAUGACCAUUGGCGAGUUGAUUGGGUUUGUCACUCCUCUUCUGAUUGUCCUUUAUUGUACCUGGAAGGCUGUUUUAUCACUGCAAGAUAAAUAUCCUGUGGCCCAAGACCUUGGAGAAAAAAAGAAAGCCUUGAAGAUGAUUCUAACCUGUGCAGGAGUGUUUUUAAUUUGCUUUGCACCUUAUCACUUCAGUUUUCCUUUAGAUUUCUUGGUCAAGUCCAACGAAAUUGAAAGCUGCGUAGCCAGAAGGGUGAUUCUGAUAUUUCAUUCUGUUGCCCUGUGUCUUGCUAGUCUAAAUUCUUGCCUUGACCCAGUCAUAUAUUACUUCACCACUAAUGAGUUCAGAAGACGGCUUUCAAGACAAGAUUUGCAAGAUAGCAUCCAACUCCAUGUGAAAUCCUCUGUGAGCAAAUAUACUACUUCUACUAUGACAACUGAAUUAUGCUAA